UUUCAUUUCAUCGAUUGCCUCCCGCAGUCUGCGACCUCCCACCCGAGUUCCUCUUCCAACCUGAUGCGAUUGAUGAGCUCGUCGACUUGCUCCGUGUUCCCGGCCUCAUUGCUAAGGACAUCAGUCCCCUGCGUUGCUGUCAACGUUUCCCGCCAUCUCUAUCUGGCCGACAACUGAAAGGGGAAAAGUUGGAAAGGAGGCAUUUCCUCCGGCCGCUCGUUUUUUAUUCUAUAUUUUUUUUUGUUCGGUGGCCAAUAUUCUUAUCUCCUUUGUUAAUAAACCUAUUAAUUGCAUAAGAUAUCAUAUACUCGGAGCGUAUCUCGCUAGCAUUAGAAGUGUGGGUUGACCUCACUGUUACUUGCAUGCGAACCGUCCCCCUUUCAGCAGCCCCGAUUUUCACUCAGAUACGGCAGUCAUCGACUCAGUCUUCCCCGGAUUUCCGCAAAAUCUCUUUCAUGUUCAGUGGAACCUGUUAACACUACUUGGCUUGAUCUCUUUUGAAUCGACGCAGUGUGAGCAGCCUUGCGCCCAUGGGGUUGACGCAGCGAAUCUCAAAAUGGCUGCCCUCUUCGCCGAGUCUCCCUGUGGAUGACGUUUCGCGCGAAAAGGGCCGCAACAUUUCCAGAUUCGCGUUCUUCAAAAGAAGAAUACGCUUGAAGGGCAAUUCAUCGAUUUCUAUACCCUUGGGAUUUGUUUUGCUAUUUCCAUGCCUUGUAAUAGUCCUAGUUUUACUUCUUUUUGUUCGACACCCUUCUUCUCCCGGUGGCAUUUUAAUCCCAGCUGGCACACCUCCAUCUAUAAGAAAAAUAAGUGAAAAGCAUGACAAGGUCUUCGCCUCGGGAUGCCUGCAGGUUGAGAAAGAGGUUGAGGGCAAACGUGCGAAUGCUGCGUUCGUCGUUCUCGCUAGGAAUAAGGAGUUGGACGGCGUCAUCCAGUCUCUCAAGUCAAUUGAGAGACAUUUCAACCGAUGGUUCCACUAUCCUUACGUGUUUUUGAACGACGGCGAUUUUGAUGACAAUUUCAAGGAUACCGUGAAGAAUUAUACAAGUGCUCCUGUGGAAUUCGGCAAGAUUGACGAUACCAUGUGGGGUUAUCCUAAGUGGGUUGACCAUGACGUGGCAAAGGAAGGCAUCAGAAAGCAGGGUGACGCCGCUAUUAUGUAUGGUGGAAUGGAGAGUUACCACCAUAUGUGCAGAUUCUAUUCUGGCUUCUUCUACAAACAUCCCCUCCUCAUGAAGUACGAAUGGUACUGGCGUCUGGAGCCAGAGAUCAGUUACUUCUGUGACAUAACCUACGACCCUUUCGUCAAAAUGGCUGAAGCAAAUAAAACCUAUGGAUUUACGAUUGCCGUUAAAGAACUUCGUGAGACUGUCCCCAACAUCUUCCGCUAUGCCUCGGCCUAUAAGCGGAAGCACAAUCUCGAGUCAAAGGGACUUUGGGAGAUGUUCCUCGAAAGGCCACCUGAGGAGGAGCCCAAGCCCGAGGAAGGAAAACAGGAUAAGCUCCCUGAGGAAAUCCUGCAAAAUGAGCCUGGAGAGAACACUGUUCCCGAUGUCGACCCUGAGGCCAUGGAAGGCGAAAAGUAUAACAUGUGCCAUUUCUGGAGUAACUUUGAAAUCGCACGCUUGGACUGGUUCCGCAGUAAGGAAUACGAAGAGUUCUUUGAAAUGAUGGAUAGGAGCGGUGGUUUCUGGAUGGAAAGAUGGGGUGAUGCGCCUAUCCACUCACUAGCCGCAGGCGUUCUUCUGUCGCCCAGCGACAUCCACUAUUUCCGCGAUUUUGGCUACCGCCAUACGACCAUCCAACAUUGCCCCGCUAAUGCUCCCGCCCGACAACUCCCACGAAUCCCGUGGCUUGAAAUGACCACGGAAGAUGAGAAAGCGCGGUUCGAAGAGGACGAGUACUGGGCAAAUCCCGACCCGGUCAAAGAGAACGGUGUCGGCUGCAGGUGCAGGUGUGACACAGAUAUCGUGGAUGUUGAGGGUAAACAAGGCAGCUGUCUUGCCGAGUGGGUAGAAGUUGCGGGAGGUUGGGCUUCUCCCUAGAUUCGGACAACUUCAUGCUUUGUCCGCUGUAUAAUCAUCGCCUCCUCGUUUCCAUGCCUUUUUUGUUCAACUAUGAGCAUUACUCGGGUUGCCGUUGGAGUUAUUGUUGCUUGAGCCG